AUGACUGCCGCUACGAACAAGCACGGAAAGUCGUCGUCCAAGCGGCAUCUGUCGCCGCUCACCGAGCAGGAGCAGCGCAGGCUUGACGAGCUCGAGGAGGAGCUGCCCCUGCAGGCCAUCGUCAUGUUCCGGACAAUGGCGAGGAAAGAGCUCAAGCGCAAGCGAGAUGAAGAGAAGGCCAAACGAGGGGAAAACGACAAGGAGAGUGAUGACAAGAAGGGCGGUGGAUGGUGGAGCAACCUUUGGGGAGGCGACGGUGGCGACGAUACCCCCGUGGAGGAAGAGGGCGACGUGGCGAUCAAGGACCUCUCGGAGGGCAUCGACGACGACGCGGAAUCCAAGAAGGUGCCCCCCGACUACCUCCAGGUGCGGCUGACCGUUCGCCCUCAAGGGUCGAUGAGGCUGUACGGGCAGCGCGAUCUGGCCUUGGUGGAGGCCUCGAUGGCCGCCUCGGCCACCGUGGAGCUGCGGGAAGACGCCUCGAUGGCGUUCAGCUUCCGUCUUUCCCAGCUGGACGUCCUUGAUCUCUUCACCCAAGGAGCGGUGUUCCCCCACAUGCUCAAGGUCGGCGGCCAAGACGAGACUGCCGAUAGCGAUACCCCGGAACUUGUGAAGGCCAGGUCGAAGGUUGCCGCCACCGUCGCUGUUGGAGCAACUGGGGCAAUCAAGACUGGGAAACCGGGCCAUUCGGCGGGGCAGGAGGUGGGGGAGGGAAAUAUCCUGGCCUGCGUGAACGUGUCCAUGACUAAGACGACGCUGGAGGUGGCCGUCUGUGCGCUGCCUACCGACGUCGCGUACAACAGGGAAGCCGUGGACGUGGUCAUGAGCGUGUUCAGCGCCCGCCCGGCGGAGACGGAGGCGGCCAAGUCCAGCGCCUCUAAGGGGCUGGAGGCUGCGCAGCAGAAGAGCAAAGAGCUGGCGACCCUGGCAAUCACCAUCUCUGUGGACGUGGCGGCACCUAGGGUCGUCGUGCCCGUGUCAUCCUCCCGGGACAACGGCUUCGUACUCCUGGAUAUGGGUCGCAUGCUGGUCGCAGGGGGCACCGUGGAUGGCGGUGGCAUGGCGUACACGGCUGAGCUCAGCGACAUGAACGUCAGGCUCCCCGCUAAGAAGGCGCUGCUGGUCAAGGGGACCGAAGACGCAGUCGUCGAACCGUUCAAGAUCAAGGUGGACGCGGCAAUGGGCGGAGGGGAUUCCAAGCCUGGGAUGGCGUUGGCGGUGGAGGUGAUGCCCGGGGUUAAAGGCGUCAUGUCCCCGGCGAAAAUCCGCGGCCUGUUUCGCGUGCUGGACUACGUCACCAAGGCCGACCUAAAGGCGGAGGGUGGCCCAGGGGAACCGCCGGUGGGUCUUGCCGCACCCAACACUGCCCCAGGGGGCGGGGGGAUAGGGGUCGAGCUGAUGGGAGACGAAGGGCUGGUGGCGUUGGAGGGGAGCGAUGGCACAGAGGAGGACGGGGACGAAGUUGCAGAGCCAGAGCCGCAGGUGGCAAUGGAGCUGCACAUGAAGCUCCCCACGAUCGCGCUGCUGAUGGUCGAAGACGAUAAGGAUGCCGCGAAGAAGGAUAGCGGAUUGCUCAUGGAGGCAGCGGGCAUGUCAAUGGACGUCAAGACCACCACGCGCGACAUGACUGUACAGCUCCACCUGGAUGCCGUGACGGUUGAGGACAGGGCUCGGCCGGACGACUCUCCGUUCAGGUACAUGAUCCACUCUACACCGGACGAGACGUCUCACGGCGGUCUGAUACAUAUCACGUAUUGGACCUCCGCGGGAGGGGUGGCCCUCGUGCCGCCGGCGUCGAUCGCGGACACGAACCAAAAGGAGUACGACAUGGUCGUGGAUGCUCAGUUCAGCACGCUACAGAUGGCACUCGACAGGGAAUCUGUCGUCAAGGCCACCCCGUUCUACAAGUCCGUGACGAGGCAGGACGGGAACCAAGACCAGGCCGUUGCGGCGGGGACGGCGGGCGGUGGUGGUGGCGGGCGUUCCAAGAAGCCGAAGAGCCGGAUAGAUGACGCCAGCUCUGUCUUGUCGGCAGGCUCUCGGGUUGUCGGCGUAGCCAAGCGCAUCGCGUCGAAAGACUCCGGGCAGAAGGCCAUGCUGGCCAAGGCUUCGCUCACCUCCGUCCAAUUCGAGCUCGUGCGAUCGAACCCUUGGGAGACCGUGAUGCGGGCGGGUAUCUCGGGCCUGAACGCGAGCUUCAGUGCCAACGAGGAAGGGGGGCGCGCUAUGAACGCAGCGGUGACCCUCACCGACAUCCUUCUCACGGACGUCCGCCGUGAAGCGAAGGACAACGCAUACAAGAUGAUUCUUGCACCCUUGGUAGCGCUGCCGACAGAAUCAGCGGCAACGGUUUCUCAGGAUGAAGAAGGAGGCGACAGCGGAGACACCCCCGGAAAACGGGUAAGAAGCGAGAAAUCUAGCUCGGCCGAGGCCGAUGUCGGCGAGGGUGGUGAGGAUAGCGCCGAGAGAGGCCCUCUGAUCGCCGUAACGGCGCAGAUGGACGGCGACAGCGGGAACAUGGAUGCGGAGGUUAAACUUGCGAGCUUCGCGUGCAACCUCAUGGUGGAGCCCAUCAAGGAAUCCCUGGUGGUGAUGAACGAGGUUAAUGCGGCCCUGAUGAAAAUGUUCGCAAGCAAGGCGAAGAGCGGCGGCAAUGAGAAUGCUGCUGGCGAGAGAGGAGCACUAGAGGGCGGCGCAAGCGGCCCAGAUUCUACUCGGAGGCUUGAUGCGGUGGACGAAGAAGGAGAAUACGAAUCUGAGGUGCGUAUGAAACGGGAUGCCGACAGCAGUGCUUCAGCAAGGGAGCGGGAGGAGGGAAAAGCUCCUGGAUUUGGCUCGCCUACAGACGUUUCCCCUGGCUACCACGGUGACGCUGAUAAGACGGGAGGAGGCGAGGCACGGGGAGAAAAGGAGUCGGAGGCGGUGGCGUUGUCGUCGUCGAUUUGCGCGCGUUUGGAGCUGGACGACUGGAGGAUCAAUCUCAUCGAGGAGCCUUCUAAGGCGAGCAGCAAGGUCGUCGUGCUCCGCGCAAGCUUGAUGGCGUUAUUCACGCGCUCGGUCACCUCGGGGGAAGGAGGGGACAGCACGGAAGACACGCUUCACUUGUCGCUCUUGAAGACCGAGUCUCUGGUCGACAACCCUGCCGUGUCCAGCGGCGGCGUCGUGGGUGCCGACAGGAGGAUCAGCCAAGUGCUAGAGCCCUUUUCCGCAGAAGCGCACGCCACGCUUUUGUCCGCACGAGGAUCACUGCUCUCGGCGAAACUGCACAUGAUGGCCGAGGCUUUGGACGCCCGGCUUUCGUACACAGAUAUGAUGCUGAUCAAGGGAAUAGCGGACCAAGCGACUGCUGCUUCUGAUCAGGCGGCUUCUGCAUCAAAGGCUGGUACCGAUGGUGCUGGUGAGGACGGGGAAAUUGGCAACAGAAUCAGCAUUUUGCCUGAGACCUACGAAAACGCAAGCGAUCCGCUGGCUGAGACGAAGGAAGAUGCGCGCGCCGCGGCUGUGAGGGCGGCGGGGAAGGCCGGCAUGCAGCCAUCCACCAUGGCCGCGGUGUCGCUGUCCGCUACCUGCUUGAUGGCCAGGGUGGUGCUCGUGAACGACUACGAGGGGCAGGGUGUACCCGUGCUUAGCUUCUCAUCGCGGCGGCUGAAUGCGGAAGGGAGUGGGUUCAAGGAAGACUUCUCCGUUGAGCUCGGAGGAGUCAUGGAAGUGUCGUUCUUCAACGUUAGGGUGGUGAGAUGGGAGCCCCUGUGCGAGCCGUGGCAGCCGGUGCUGACCGCCGCAGUGGGGAUGGACUUCCUGGGGAGGCAGACCGUCCAGAUCAAGCUCGCGUGUGAAGAGGUGGUGGUGUUCGACGUUACGGCAGACUUUAUGGAAUCUUUCCUGUCCACUUCGUGGAUGCUCUUCAGCGACGGGGGCGAGAAAGACGACCCCCUGGCGCUCUUGCCGGAGGGAACCGAAGUCGGCGUCGAUGGAGAAGAUGAAGAUACCGGCGUGGAAGGGGUGUCAACGGGAGAAGCUUCGGGGUCGACUCCCUCUUCGCCCAACCUGUCGAAACCGAAGCAAGUGGAGUGGGCGGAGGGUGCUAUGCCCCUCGAGGGGCUCAAGGAAGGCAACGUAACGCUGAGGAACAGAACGGGGCUCGAACUCGCAGUGGGCACCACAGAUUUCCCUCAGAAGUCGCUCAGGAUGGGGGGCAUCGACACCGUCAGGCUCCCUUUCGACACGCAACGCAAUCGUGCCCGUGCUGGACAGUUCGACCUUCGCGGGAAGGCAGCGUUGGUAGAAUGGGGAAACGAGGACAUGCGGAGCGCCAGGGAGGGGUUGCCGCCCCUACAGGUGGACCGCACUGGCGUGUUCGUGUUUCCGCUCUCUCCGACUAACUCCGUGCCAUCUGGCCACGUCGUGUCGCCCCCCGUUGUGGUGGAGGCGUAUCAGAACCAGCGGUUUAACAUGAUUACCAGGAGGUGGUCGGCGCCGUACUUGCCCGGAGAUGGACCAGAGUUCGCGUCAAAGGAUUGGCGCAACGCCUACUCCAGCGAGGAUUCCCAAGAGACUCCCCUGGAUUCUAUCGCUCUACCCGACGAGAAGCAGUGGGAGUGGAGGGACGACUGGCACGUGGACUUCUCCAGGGAGGUUGGCACGGAGAUUGACGCCGCCGGGUGGGAGUACGCCGUCGAGUUCGGGUCGUUCAACCUCAUCGCCAGCAGCCGCACCCGGAGAGAUCUGGACCAGGCGCGAAGACGCAAGUGGAUUCGUACCCGCGCGCCCAAGCCUCUCCCCAUGGAUGACCCGUUCCGCCCGCUGUACCUCGCCUGGGCAGUCGACGUCACGCCGCAGGGCCGCCUCGAAGCAACGAUCCGCUCCACUGUCCAACUGACGAACAGCACCGGCGUGCCCUUGGACAUGAGGGCUCUGUGCUCAGCGUGGAAGAUGGAGGAAGACAGCGACGGGGGCGUAUCUUCGCCUGGCUCGCCGUCUUUCGCCAAGGGUCUCGGCAGGCGUUCUCUGGGCUCCAUCGCUCCUGGGUGUACGCUGGACGUGCCCGUCAAGAUGGUGUACGCGAGCCACCUGCAGCUUCGGCCGGUACCAUCUUCCGACGUUUUGACUUCCAUCUCCGCUGGAGGCGGUACAGGUGAGAACGACGUACAGGAUAACGAGAGAACCUUCGAGUGGAGUGCUCCGCUGCCCCUGCUCGCGAACAACGUAGACACCUCUCGCGACGACUGGGUGUCAUGCCGAGAAGUGGUGGUUGGCGAGGGCGAAAGACAGGGAGCUCCGACGUUGGCCACCAUCAGGCUCGUCGUGCACGCCGAGACCACGGCAGAGGGCUGUGUUGUCAUGAGCAUCCUACCUCCCGUUACCGUGGUGAAUGCCCUCCCUUGCUCCCUGAGCUUCCGCGCAUUGUUGCCAUCGGGGUCGGCGGCGGGGAAAGAGGGGUCGUCUUCGGGCACGGCCCCGGCACACUCGUCGAGAUCGAGGACGCUGGAAGCGGGCAGGAUUCCAACCGCGGAAACGGCUUACCUGCAUACCCUCGAAGUCGGCGACGGCGCCAAGUUUGGCAUCAAGAUCGCGCACCACAAGUGGAGCAACGCAGAGUCUCUACUGCCCCGAACACGAGAGGAGCUGCGGGCGGGAAGCUGGGCCAACCGCGUCGUAACGUUCAAGCUUCUGUGCUCGCGCGGCAGUGAUGGUGGCGGUGGCGGUGACGGUGGAGGCAAGGAUGAAUACCUCGAAGUCCGGUGCAAUUUUGAACCGCGAGUUGGGGCAGCAUGCCCGGCGCUGCGCCUUUACGUGUUCUGCACCCACUGGCUCGUGGACCGGUCGGGUCUUCGGCUCGGGUUUGGGGUUUCGGAGAAACGGAGGCUUCCGGUGCCGGUGGUGCGGAGUAAAGCGGCACUUGGCCAUGGCGAAGAAGGAAGCGAAGCCAGCGACACGGGCGAGGUGCAGCCACCGCUCCAUGUCCACGUUUCCCCCGUGGAACAAUUGUCCUGUGUCAGCACCAAGGGUUGUGUCGUGGCUACCGCAACGGUCGGUAGCCUCCUCUACUCCGACCGCGAAUACGUGUUCAAGAAGAACUCGCUGCCGCCCGCAUUCCGCGGAGCAACCAUGAUCCGUACCGCCUGCGCCGAGAAGUGCAACGGCAGCCAACACUUCCUCAGGUUCAGGGUGGCGGAGGCCUCGACGGUGCACGUGCUGUUCGAUCGCCGUUGCCCUUCCCCCCCGCGCUGGCUGACGUCCAGGUUCCGCCUUACUGCCGAGCGCGUGGACAUGUCUCAAAGGACAAGGAAAGGUAAGGUUGCGGAUUGUCCCUUGGUGGUGUGGAGCCGCAACGUGCCCGCGGGUUCCUGGGUCAACCUCGGCGGGAACAAGGCUAGCAAGGCGGACGCCAUGUACCUGGUAAUCGUCACGGAGGAGGAAGUAGCCGUCUCCACCGAGGCCGUCGCAGCAUCAGGGUCAUCCGCCUCCAGCGGCAUCAAUCGCAAGAUCAGCAGCCGGGAGGAUCUCUUGGAGUCGUGGACUCUCGGCACCGAGGGCCUCGCGCUCUGUAACUCUCCGAAGGAGCGGGUGCGGGUGGCGGUACCUGAAGGCGCGGGGCGCGGCAUCGACAGCGAGGGCGGAGGCUAUGGCGACGACGGUUUUGGAAGCUUCAUGCGGGACGCGUGGUCGGACGAGCUCGAUGUUCCCGCCGGCGCAAACGGAGUGUUCCAAGUCAAGGGCACCCAGGGAGAGAUUUUCGAGCUAGCGCUCCGGGCGGAGGUGUGUCCAGGCACUUUCGGCCGCACCACCCAAGUCACCGUGAUCCCCCGCUACUGCGUGGUGAACCUUCUAAGGGACGAUAAUAUCUGGCUCAAGGAAGCCGGGGCGCCGGAGGCCAGCGCCGUUUGCAUCCCACCUGGCGGACGGCUCCCGUGGCACUGGAUGCUCGGGAAGAACAAGCAGUCCGGCGUAAGGGUUCGAACGGAGGGCACGGCCUGGAGCUACGGCGACGUGGUCAUGAACCGCGUCGGCACUACGGCCCUGCACAUCCCUUUCUUCGGCGAGGAUGAGGAUCUCGACGGACAGUACAGGGGACAAGCCGGCGGGCCCCCGAUGAAGAUGCCGGAGACGUUUGGCGGGUCCAGCAGCGGCGGGACAAGCGGGAGUGGCGGGGGCAAGGGCGGAGGCCCGACGCGACUCGACAAGCUCGACGGAGAGCAGACGGUGGUGCACGUGGACGUGCAGCUCGCCGACAAGACCUUCGUCGACGAGUACGCUGUGCUCGUGGUUUUCUGGAAGGCCAACGAGCGGUUCGCCCCCAUCUACUCCGCCCGCAACGCGAGCCCGGUCGCGGUGCGUCUCCACCAGGCCGGCGCCAACCGCGAGCAGCGGCAGAUCCUGAGUGAGAAGGCCAUGUGGAAGCUCUCUUCGGGACAGAGGCGCCAGGUAGGGUGGGCCUACCCAGCCUCGCCGCGCUCUCUGCUCAUUUCUGCGGGUAGAGGAACUCGCGCCGUCGAGCUGAGCACCGACACCGUAGGCAACUACGCCAAGAUCCCCACCGGCCUAACCAGGGGUGCCUCCGGCUCUGCCGCCGCCACCUCCGGCGGCGCCGCUUCUGGCCGUAGCGCAAGCACUGGUGACACGGGCCCGCCCUUUGUCUGGGCAAGUGUUGUCGUCAAGGGCGCCACCAAGGUCGUUCACAUUUCGCCAAGGCCUCCCCACGGUAGCGGGGCCAGGAAAGGGGGUGGUAGCGGUGAAGGCGACGGGAAGCAGCCGGACCAAAACCUCGAGAAGGAGGCCGCGAACAAGCGCAAGCGCGAGAGCGAGGCCCCGGCGCUGGAGCUUGCCGUCGACAUGCGAGGGUUCGGGUUGAGCCUGAUCGGACCGGUCAACGGUCGCCGCCAAGAGCUGAUUUAUGCGCAGGCGUCCAUCGGCUCUCUCCAGGUAGAUAACUUCCUCUCCGACGGCGUCUACCCGGUCCUCGUGAGCAGCAGGAAGGAAAAGGAAUCUUCCUCUGACGGCGGCAAGUCUUCCUCUGACGGCGGCAAGGCUACCCAAACGCAGCAAGAGACGCCCUUCCUUCAGGUGUCGAUCAUCAAGGAGGUGAACCAGGCCACCAACACGGCCCAUUACGACUACGUCGCCUUCCGGAUGCUUGAGGUGGACAUCAUGGCGGAUCGAGCGACCCUUCUGCACCUGCUGGUAUGGUACAAGCCGGUGCAGGGGUACCUCUUAAUGUGGCGGCAGCAGCUCGACAGCCACGCCUGGGUGGCGAAGCGCACGGCGGAGGUGCUGGAGAGGGGUAUGAACGCCGUCCCCGGCGGUUUCGUGGACGUUGAGGAGGUGGGUGAGGUGGUGGUGGAGAUUUCGGGGGUGCGCGCGGGUACUACCGCAGACAUCUUCGUUGACGACGAUUCGGGGUUGAUGCUGGUUCGCCGCACCGCCCGCAUCAAGCGGAAGUACUUCAAGACCAUGCGGUUCCACCCCAUCAUUCUGCGACUCAGCUACGCGAGGAACCCCGCGUCCAAUGUGGGUUCGCGAUCCAGCCAGGCGCUCAUGGAGGAAGCCGGGAUGGCCAUCAUCAACAAGAUCCCGAGCAUGGUGAAGAGCAACGUGGAUCUGGCGUCAUACCUGGUGGAGGACGCCUUCGGCUCCGUCAGGGACAUCUCCAAGAACGUCGUUUCGCACUACACCGUGGCUGGCAGCAUGCAGGCAAAUUUGUUGUCCACCGUGCUCAGCCUCGUGGGGUCCAUGCGCGCCUUGGGCAGUCCGGCGGACCUGAUCAGCAACGUCGGGGGCGGAGCUAAGGCUCUCGUGUACGCGCCGGCCCAGGGUCUGGUGCAAGGGCCAGGCGAAUUCUUCGAGGGGGUUGGUCGCGGCGCCCAGAGUUUUGUCAAAGGCGUCGGCGGGGCUGUAACUGACACCGUGUCCAAGCUCACCUUCGACGACGAGUACCAACUAAAGCGCGAGAGAGACAAGAACAAGGCUCUGGCCAACCAGGGCGGCGUCGGGCAAGGGCUUGUCCAGGGGGGAAAGAAUAUUGCGGGGGGGUUCACUUCGGGAGUGUCUGGAGUCUUCACGGAUCCCGUGCGUGGCGCAAAGAAGGGCGGCAUGGGUGGAUUUUUCAAGGGCGUGGGGAAGGGCCUGGCUGGUGCCGUGGUGAAGCCCGUCGUGGGAGUGACCGACUCGGUCAUCUCGGUCGCACAGGUCCACCUUCGUCCCCGUCGGGCCUUGACCAAAGACUCGGAAACAGGUCAGCUGGUUCUCAUGGAAUUCUCCAUGGAAGCUGCCGAGGCGCAGGCGCUGGUCGAGAGCGGGGUGGAGGGCAAGGGAAGCAGCAGCCGAGACAAGUACGAGUCUCACACCAGGGUUGGCGACCUCACCAUCAUCUUUGCGAACACCAGGAUGAUCAUGGUCAAGAGGGCCAAGGUGAAAACAGAAAGGGCUCGUAUGAAGGCCAUGAUCUUCAGGUGGGUAUCCAAGAGGUGGGAAGAAGUGGCAUGCGUGGACGUCCAAGACGAGAGGAUCGUCAUCAGGCUUUACGAAGGCGGGGACAUCUCGCUCAAGGCCACCGUGCGCUCCAACAGGGAGGAGCUGUACCGGCAGUUCUACGUGCACCGCAACAAGAUGGGAGACCCGACGGCCGUACGAACCCCCGAGGAAGUCUUCGGCACCGGCAGCGCAGGGGCUUCCGAAAGGGCGGCACCAGUGGCGAUGAGCAUGAGGGCUCACAGCACGGCCGUUCAGGACUCCCUGAACGACUACACAUUCGGAACUGCCAACGACCGGAAGAUCCCGGGACACAAGCUCAGCGAGUCUCAGGUGGGCCAGCCAACUCAUGACUCACCCCACUCGGUCAACGCAAAGAAAGCUAACAGCACAACUUUUUCUUGCAUGUACCAUACAAAGAUGUAG